AUGUCAGUGGACACCCCAGUGGAUGCCCACAAGAGCAGGUUUAAAGACGAGCAUCUUGAAGACAUCCAAACACCUGCCUCUCCUAGGAAUAAAAAGAAAAGUCCAAGUGGAUCUUAUUUCUGGACCAAGAUGGCUAGAGGAGAUUCAAUGAGCAGAGGACAAAAGGUUGGCAACCAGAGGCCAGGAUGGAAAAUGACCUUCUUCCUCACACUAUGCCUGCUGCAAGGUUCUUCUUUGACACCUCCACACAGAGGACCCCAGUUCAGAUGGCUGUGGGAGGGCUCUCUCCCCUCCAGGACCCACAUCUGGCCCAUGGAAACACUCACACCCUCUUCAUUCUUCUGCCGGCGGGAGAAGAGUUCCUUCACAACUGCAAAUGGAUUGAAGGGCCCGAGGCUGGUGUCUGGGAAGCCUGGGGGAGCUGUCACCAUCCAGUGCCAUUAUGCCCCGUUGUCGGUCAACAGGCACCAGAGGAAGUACUGGUGCCGUCUGGGUCCCCCAAAGUGGAUUUGCCAAACCAUCGUGUCCACCAACUACUAUACUCACCAUCACUAUCAUGGCCGUGUGGCUCUGGAAGACUUCCCACAGAGAGGCUUGUUUGUGGUGAGGCUGUCCAAACUGUCCCUGGAUGAUGUGGGAUGCUACCACUGCGGCAUUGGAAGCAAAAAUGAUAUGCUGUUCUUCAGCAUGAACCUGACGGUCUCUGCAGGUCCUUCCAGCACCCUUUCCACAACCACCCCAGCUGCUGAAGAGCCCACCAUGAGGCUCUUUAGGACAGUGCUUCCAGCUGUCAACAGAUGGACCCCAGGAACCACCCAAGCCAUAGGACAGGGGAUGGAAUGGGACACAACUGCUCCAACUCCAGAAACCAGCACAACCACAACUUCAACUGAGGGAAGACAAACCCCAGGAACAAGAAAGACAGUAUCUCCAGGGACAGGCAGCUGGGUGGAGGGUCCCAUCAAGGCAACAGCUCCCAUUCCACAGAGUCCGGCUUCAAAAAUCAGAAGCAUGUCCAAUACAACAGAAGGUGUUUGGGUGUGGGACACCAGAAGUGCAGUAACAAAUAGGGACGGUAUCAGUAGGGAUGAGAGAGGGGUGACAACUGUCAAGGCUGAUGGGCCAAGGGAGGAAACAGAGAGGGACAGGAUAGCUCUGGAUGCAGCCACGAAGGUCCUAGGUACCAUUAGGCCACCAGUGUUGUUCUCAGAAAAACUGGCCUGGGAAGUCAUCCAAGAAGUUACACCGAUUUCUAAGCAACAAUUCCCAAGCUUCACUGAAGGAACAAUCCCAGCCGCAGACAUGUGGACCUUGGGAACCAUCAGCAUAGAGACGGAAUAUGUGGAAGGAGGCACCACAGGGGACCUAGACCCUGCUAUUGGAGACAGUGGUCCCCAAGCAAGACCAAGCCAGUCCCCAGCAGCAGGACCUUCAAGGCCCUCUGGCAAGGGGUCUUCUGUGAAGAGUGCUUUUCCAGAAGAGGAAAACAGCUCUCAGAUCCUGACUCCAAUCUCUAUCAUGCUAGCAGUAUUUAUGCUUGUGGCUCUGGUUCUAUUGCAAAGGAAGCUCCGGAGAAGAAGGACUUGUGAGUUGAGUUCAAGGGUCACCCUGAUUCAGAUGACACAUUUCCUGGACCCGAACCUUCAACCAGACCAGCUGCCCCACGUGGAAAGGAAGAUGCUGCAGGACGAUUCUCCUUCUGCCCAACCUAGUCUGACCAUCCCAGAGUGGGAGCCAAGAUCCUGA